CCGGGGGCCGCGCCGCAGUCCGAGCGGCAGCCGCGAGUGGGGCGGGGCUGGGCAAGUUUGUUUCCCGAGUUCGGAGCCCAGGAGCCCCCGCGGCUGCCGCGCAGGUGCCCUCCGCCUGGGUCGGGAUGGAGCUGCCUACCGUGAACCUGAAGACGAUCCUGCUGGUUCACUGGCUGCUGACGACCUGGGGCUGCAUCACGUUCUCGGGCCCCUAUCCCUGGGCCAACUUCACCAUUCUGGCCGUGGGUGUGUGGGCCGUCGCUCAGCGGGACUCCAUCGACGCCAUAAGUCUGUUCCUCAGUGGCUUGGUGGCCACCAUCUUCCUGGACAUCGUCCACAUCAGCGUCUUCUACCAGAGGGCCAGCUUCACGGACACAGAGCGCUUUGGUGCCGGCAUGGCCAUUCUCAGCCUGCUCCUCAAGCCCUUGUCUUGCUGCUUCGUCUACCACAUGUACCGGGAGCGUGGGGGUGAGCUCCUGCUCCACAUUGGUUUCCUUGGACCAUCAGAGGAGCGCAGUGACUACCAGACGAUUGACUCACCAGAGGCGCCCACAGACCCCUUUGUAGGCUCGGAGGGCAGGGGUCACUCCCCGCAAGGGUACUGAAGCCAGUCUGCUUUGGCCCCAGCGCAGGGGCCAAUGGAGCAGACCCCAUCGACAGCCCAGGCCGCAUCGCCCUCCUUGUGCCUUGGGUGGCAUUCUAGAGAUGUUCCUGACCUCCACCCCCCUUUCUCGGACUGUGUUCUCCUGUUGCCCAUCUCCCUAGUCAAGUGCCCUGAGUGGCCCGGAGCCCCGUGCACACCUGUCCCAGACUCCCUGAGGCCUCCUCUCCCUUCAAGCCACCCCAGUGGUCUGAGGCUGGGAACCGUGGUCUCUUUCCUCACCUCCCGUAGCGGCUCCGUGUAGCCCCUGUCCAACCAUGCCUGAGCCAGUCCUUGCCCAUAGUUUACUGACCUUGCCCACAGAAGCUCUGAGAGCUUUGGGUCAUGCUCAGUCCUGGGAGCAGCCCAGCAUGGGAGUGAGGUCCCUGUGCUUCUCACUGCCUGGCAACUUGGUGCUUAGGGACCUUGGGGGCUGGAGGCAGGAGGUGUCUGCAGCACCUGAGACCCACCGCGGCCUCCAGCUGCCCUUCCCACAGCCAUGGCAUUCACGUUUGGGGAAUCGGUAGCUGGGUGUGUUUUGAGCCAUGGUUAAUCUCCCAGCCGGGCUGGGGCCUGGACCUGCCAUUCCUGAGAAGAUUUCUCCUUUGAACCCGCAGGGAACCUGGGCUUAGCCACCCAUUUUGUUGUGGCAGGAGGAAGCAGGGGCUCACUCCCCAGCUUUGGCCUAGCCAAGGCCCCAGCAGAGGAGGGCGCUGUUUGGUGUGGCUAAUGGGCAUCCAUGUCUCUGAAUCAGAUGACUUGGGUAUUGGUUUCCUUCCCUCUCUGCCACUUUCUGGCUGUGUACCUUUGAGCAGCUUAAUGUCUCUGACCUCAGUGUCUUCUGGAAAAGAGCUAAUGCCUGCCCCAGGGGUGAUGAGGCGAAUGAAGUGUGCAGUGCCUGGCCCUCAGAAAGCUCCCUGAGCCACAGCAAAGUUGGUGGGUUGCUCCUUGAUUCUGUGAUGAUGUGGGGUCAGUAGGCAAGGGGCGACCUCUUCCUGGCAGACCCCAUGUCCUGGUGUCAGGGCUGACUGGGACCAGCACCCAUCCAGAAGCCCCAAGCGUCCCAUGGCCAGGGUCCUAAUCUGCAUCGACUGGACCAAGUGUUGACCUCAGGGCCUCACAGGCCUGGGUUCUCCCAGGCCAUCCCGGCUUGUCCCUGGCACAAAGAGAUCAAGGCCUAGUGCACAACCCCACCACCCUCCUAGGGCUCGGUACAUGGUACUGCUGAGCGCAGGCCGCAGGGCUCAACUCUGGCGCCUGCUCUCAGGGAACAGACAUUAAGAGUCCUCUGUCAGGAGGCAAGAGCUCCGAAAGGGACCCCUGGGAAGGGACCAAGGGACGCUGAGUGGCUGCAGCUGCAGUAAAGCUAGAAACAGUUUCACCAUCAGAAGGCGACGAAUAGAUAACCCGUGGUACGUUUAUUCUAUGGAUAUGGUUCAGCAGUUCACGUGAAUAAACCAGAUCCAGUUCUGUUGACAUGGGUCCCCCUAUUGUGAGCAAAACAGACUGUAGAAUGGCAUCUUCAAUGUGAGCGUUUACAUGAAUUUAAAAACCUCCAAGCAAUAUCAUAUGUCGUUCAUGAACGUAUAUGUAGUGAAAUAACAGAAGUGUGGACUAGAAGGAAGGACCCUUCAAGGUCAUGGCUGAGGCAGCCUUGCGUAGGGGAGAGGUGUGACCUUCGGGGCAUGGGACUAAAAACCCAAGUUCCGGUGCUCUUGUUUAUACCAGUUCCUGGCACACAGCAGGCUUGCGCUGUGCGCCCUCCUGUGUGUAUGUGGUGAAUAUGUCAGAUUUCCAAAGAGAAUGAAAAAUUGGGGGGGGCACAGUGGGGGAACAGCUAAUAGAGCCUGUGUCAAGCAGAGGGGAGAGUGUAUUCAGAGACCCCAGUUCCUCCUAGUCCCAGACCCUCGAGUCUGAUCGGGUCUUUAUGGAGGGCAGAGGAAGGCCCCUGUCUUAAGUGGGGGUCCCCAGAAGCAGACGCUGAAUGCAGCGUCUGGCUUGGUGCAAAGCAGGGGCGGGGGCUGGGCUUUCUGGUCAUUGGCCAAGGGCUGCUCCAGAGUUGGGGGACAGGGACUUAACCUCCCAGGCUACUCUGGCUCCCUGAACCAGGCAGGCCCAGUGGCCCCCGAAGCUGGAGGGCUGUUCUGCAAGAAGAGUGCCACCAGUGGGGUGCCCCCUUUCCAAACGGCAGGUCUCGUAACUGACGUUCGAACAUUCGUUCAACAAGCAACCAAGAGCCUAUGGGAGCUAGGAGUCUUCCAGCUGCUGGGGAUACCAGAAUCAAGGAGAAAAAGUCCCAAGCACCAGGAGAUUCCAUUUGGCAUGAGAGGUUCCGGGCAGGGGAACAGCUCAUAGGGAGGCCCGGCCAGCCUGUUUCCAGGCACAGUCGGGAGGCCGGAGUGGCUGGAGCCAAGGGAGGGAAGAAGGAAUGAGGUCAGAGAGGCAGCAGGGACCAGGUAGCAAGGGGCUAGUAGGUCAUUUUGAGGACUCUGGCUUUUUCUGAGUGAGAUGGGGGGCCGCUGGAGGGCUUUGGGCAGAAUGGGACACGAUCUGACUCACACUCUAAAAGGACAGUGUCAAUGGCUUGGGCUGGGAGGUAGAGAUGGGGGUGGUGACAAGUGGCCUUGUUGAGCAGAACACCAUGCACCGAUUGUCCCUUCCAGGGAAGGACAUCAGGCAGUUCUGCCCACUGUCACAGUAAUCGGGCUCUAAGGAAAGCAGUGCAGUCAGGCACUGGCUGGACAACGCCUUACGCCGAGAAAAGACCAGAUCAGCCUUGGUGGCGGGUGGCGGUCCCCCGUGGCCAGCAGUAACUGACACAGGGCAGUUGGCUUACUCUCCCCUCUCUCCUGCCAGAGUGGAAGGACACUCCCCUCCCUGCGGAGGACAGACGCAGCAGUGGGGUUGGCCAGGUGCCACAUGACACGCAUGCGUAAGCAGAACAAAAGAGCAAACCCUGGGCUUGAAAUAGGGGAAGAUAUUCCCACACGAGGUGACAAGGUCAGCACAGGCUGUUGCGGGCUCUUUAUCUCUUGGGAAGGAAGUGUUCCAUCCUCCAGGCCCAUUGUCACCCAGCGGGUGGGUUUGAAAGACAGCAUGCAAGUGACUGCCUCGCCCAACAGAGCCGCUCUUGGAUAUAUUCUGAAGGCAAGGCGACAGGAUUCACUCGUGGACAAGAUGCAAGAGAAAAAGAAGAAUCCACGAUUGCAAGGUUUGGGGCCUGAGGAGCUUGGGGCUUGAGCUGCCACCGACUGGGAAGGAAGGUGGCAGGAAGGCCAGGUUCCAGGAAAGGCCAGAUGAGUCACACUGAGGAAAUGGGCCUUCCCACCAGACCUUCUCACCACUGGGAGGCCAGCUUUUAGAGACACUUGGAAGUACUCUGUAUUUCAGCCUAUGGUAUCUGCUGAUCAGAAACUUGUCGACCACAGGAAGCAAAUUCCUCUUGCCUCCGCUCUCCUGCCGGUGAGGACUGAAGCCACUAGUCUAGUUCCCAGAUCAUGUAUUUCUUGUUUUCACAAAGCUGAGCCUUCCAGUUGAGGGAGCCAGAGACAAGCCCCUGUCCCAGGAGAGGUCAAGGUCUUUUCCUGUUGGCCAAAACUGGACCAGAGCCAGCCGUACCUGCAGGAGCCCCUGCCUUAGGCCCAUCCUGGGAGUCUCCAGAACAGCCUGGAAAUUCCAACUCUCCCAGCCUCCCUCCAAAGUGGCCCUAGAGCCAGAAAGCCCUGGUCAAAUCCCUACUGGCACCCCAUGACUGGCUGUGUAAGAGACGGGACAAUCUCUUAACCUCACUGUGACUCAGUUUUCUCAUCGGAAAAGUGGGGAUACUCACAGUGUUGACUCAGGGAUUAGUGAAGUCUGAAAAUGUGUAACAUCAGCAUUUCUCAUUACCUGUGUUACCAUGUUAAUUAUUCAGAGAGAGGGAGGGGGUGAUGGGUGUAGGGGAGGAAAGAGUUUUCCUUAGCCCUCUUAGGGUCCCCGGCUGGGUCUGAAAAUUAAACUGACAAGGAUUAAACAGGAGAAAAAAACAUGUACGUUUUUCAAACUUUUACAUGUACACAAGAACUUUCACAAGAGAAGGAAGGCCUGAUGAAGUGACAAGAAUAAGGAGCUUUUAUACCUUUCACACAAAGAGAUAAUAAAUGUGUGAAGAAUUGACAAGACAAAGAGGUCUGGGCUGCGGUAGUGAAUGGUGAAGAAGUAACCAGGAAGAUAGGGCUAGAUUAACAAGGUUUGUUUAUACAGAUUUCUUGUCUAGAAAUUCCCUGUCUCUAGUAAUAAAAAUGUCCUCUUUCCUCGUGGUACAGGGAGGAUACCAUUCACGCAGAGAUUUAGGACCUGUUUCAGGAAAGGACAAGGGAUGGGGUCAGAGUGACUUCCUUCCUUCUGCCAUUUUUUCAAACACUCAGGUUAAGAUGUUCAGUAUGCCACAGUGCCAAAAUUUGGAGGUAGCAUGUCCUGAGCCCCAUCACCAGUCUGUCUGACCAUCCGUUCGUGUAUUCAUUUAUCAUCAAUUCUAUAAUAAUUUAUUGAGUGCGUCCCACAAGUUUUGAAAAAAUUGUCAGGAAGUAAAACGGGUUUUCCUCACUGGCCACAGCAGAACCCUGAGGGUCCAGUCCUCCAGGUAGUCGAGGGCUUGUGUCCAUACCUAUGAAUCUAAAAACUAUUGACAGAUUCAACAUUAUAAAACAUUAUCAUAUCGAAGAUCUACACUCAGAUUCACAGACUUGAACUUGAAGGGAGCUUAGAGCUCCAGAAGCCCAGCAGUUUCAGAUGUUUUUUAUUUCAAAACCUUGGCUCAAAAGAAAUCUUACACAGGGUAUAAAACAGAGCGGGUCUGACAGAGCAGCACCAGCACCACCACCCCUGCCACUCUGAGGUAGGGCCCCCAAAACACAGUAUGGAAACUCUUCUCCUACAUCCACCUUAUUGCACAGCUCGGGACACGGGCCCACAAAGAGGAGACAUGGCCAAGGGCACGUGGAGACUUUGGAAUGUGACAAAAUGGAGACUGGGGUGCCAGGUAGAACUUAAAAGGAAAAAACAGAACUUACACAAAUGAACAGAGACUCAAUGGAUGGAUUAAUUCAUAGAACAGAUACAUCAGAAGAGAGAAUCAGUAGCCUUGAAGAGAUAUUUGAAGGAAUUAGAAUGGAGCAAAAAGCAGAAAAGAAGAGAGGUUAAGAAACAAGGGAUAGCAUGAGAAGUUCCGAUAUAACUCUAUCGGAGUUCGGAAGGAGCCCCUGGGAGAGAGGCAAACAUUCAAAGGAAUAAUGGCAGAGAAUUUUCCAAAAUGAAAAGACACCAAACCUCAGAUUCAGGAAGCCAAGCAAUCCCCAAACAGAAGAAAUCCACAUUUAUAGUUACCAUAUUGGCACUUUGUUCAGCAUUGCUUAAUCUUUGGCAGCUGGCACAGUUGCAGCACAUAGUAAAUGCCUUAUAACAUAUAUAGAAUGAGGGAUCCCCAGGUGGCUCAGUCGGUUAAGCAUCUGCCUUCCGGUCAGGUCAUGAUCCCGGGGUCCUGGGCUUGAGUUCUCCAUCGCGCUUCUUACUCAGCAGGGAGCCUGCUUCUCCCUCUGCUACUUACCUGGCUUGUGCUCUCUCUCUCUCUUUCUCUCUGACAAAUAAAUAAAUAAAAUCUUAAAAAACAAAACACAAAUAUAGAAUGGAUGGUGCAGAACACCAAAGAUGAACAUUAAGAUCCCCAAAGCAGGGGCGCCUGGCUGGCUCAGUUGGUAGAGCAUGCUACCCUUGAUCUCAAGGUUGUGAGUUCAAGCCCCGUGUUGGACCGUAGAGAUUACUUUAAAAAAUUAAUUUAAAAAUAAAAAUUAAAAAAUCCCCAAAGCAAGCAGGUAGAAAAGAUGUUGUCCUAAAAGAAAUGACAAUUACACUGGCAACUGAUGCCUCAGCAACAACAAAAGGAGUCAGAAGACAGGGGAAUGGUAUCUUCAAAGUGGUGUGAAAAACAACCGCCAACCUACGAUUGUGUACUGUGAGUUAUCUUUCAGGAAUGAAGAAAAUAAAGGCCUAUUCAGA